GUUUGAGGGCCAGAGAAAAGCCACCUGUGUAAUUUUCCUGUCAAGUCACUCCGGGGACUUGAGUUUUCUGGUUUGCAGUGAUUUGAGCCGGACAGGCUGCUGAACAUAAGAGUGGCACCAUGAGGAAGUGGACGUGGGUGGCACUGAUACUGUGCACCCUCUUUGCUCUGGCCCUGGCACAAGGUUCUAGCCAUAACAGCUCACAACUACGAAAGGUGAGCCAUAGGACCAGGAACAAAAAGCUAACCUACAACAGCAUCCUCGAACCUCAGACCACAGGAGUGACAGAGUGGACAUCCUGGUUCAACAUUGACCAUCCUGGUGGUAAUGGAGACUAUGAGAGGUUAGAGGCUAUUCGAUUUUACUACCGAGAGAGAGUUUGUGCACGGCCUGUUGCCAUGGAGGUCCGUACCACUGAGUGGGUACCUGCUUCAGACACUGGGGAGGUGGUACAUUCCAGUCUGGAGAAAGGCUUCUGGUGCAUUAAUAAGGAACAGCCAUAUGGUCGCAUCUGCUCGAACUACCAUGUGCGAUUUCAGUGUCCACCAGUUCAAACAUAUUGGACAAACUGGAGUGAGUGGGGUCCUUGUUCAACCACUGCCUGUGAUGAUGCGGGCAUCCAAGUGCGCAGACGGAAAUGCAUGAGCACACAGCCUCUGUCCAAGCUGGUCACACCAGCCUGCCCAGGCCCUCAUGCUGAGCGGAGGGAGUGCUCUACUCCACCAUGCCAAGCAAAGUGGAAUCAGUGGGGGACAUGGAGCACUUGCUCAGUAACCUGUGGGAAGGGUCGGAGAACUAGACGGAGAACUUGUAGCAGCAGAUCAUCUGACACAAUCCACUGCAGAGGACGGCCAGUGGAAGCCCAGAAGUGUGGAAAUAUCCCAUGUCCAGCGGUGUGUCAACUUGUGUGUCCUGAGGGACGCCCAAAUGAGGAUUGCAGCCACUGCAUUUGUGAGGGACAGACACUUCAAGGGGAAGUCUUGAGUGUGACUGGAGUCCCAGUAUCUGGAGCCAAUGUUGCUGUGGCAGACCAGCCAAAGGUUAUUCGUGCCCAGACAGAUGAUAAAGGUUUACUCAAGAUCCAUGGCAUGUGCUCAGGCCCUGAGACUCAGCUACUCAUCAGCAAGGAAAAAUUUGCUCCAGCCACUGUCCCUGUUUUCAGAAAUAACAGUGAAAACCUCUGGGUUCGAGCUUUCCUCAGGUCCUCAGAGAAGCCAUACAUUCUCAAACAUCCUGAAGACAAAGUACGAUAUGAAGGACAACGUGUGACUUUUUGCUGCAAAGCGACAGGAACCCCUGCACCUGAUAAAUAUUACUGGUAUCAUAAUGGAACUUUGCUGGACCAGAAACUAUACAAGUACGAUGGAGACUUGGUAUUGCGUGAUCUGAAACCAAAACAAACUGGGAUGUAUUAUUGCAAAGCCAAUAGUCUAACAGGAACCAUUAAGUCCAAUCCUGCAUUACUGACUGUUUUUGCCAAAGGAACUCCAGCAUGUAAUGCUACACCAGAAAACCACCUGAUUAAACUGCCUUUAGACUGCAAACAGCCAGGCACAAAAUCCAAGUGGUAUAAUGCUGGUCGCUGUAUUAACAACAAAUGUCCUGGGUCACUGGACUUUGAUCUACGAUGCAAAGAUUCAUCUAGUUUCUGCUGUGGGGUGAAGCAAAUGGAAACAAAGGAGAUCAACUGUGGUAGCUACAUUCUUCCAAUAAAGGUUGUGACUGAAUGCAGUUGUCAAAAAUGUGUACAGCCCAAAAUUCUGGUACGAGGUAGAGUGGUUGCUGCAGACAAUAAUGAGCCCUUACGAUUUGGACACAUUUUCAUAGGAAAGGAACGAAUAGGAAUCACAGGUUAUCAGGGUGGGUUCACAGUUCAGGUGCCCUCUGACACCCAGCGUCUGGUAGUGAACUUUGUGGACCCAUCUCAAAAGUUCUUAGACACUCUCAAAGUGUUUGUUUUUGAUAAGAAGGGUGGUUCAGUUUACCAUGAUGUAAAAGUAAUGCGAAAGCAGGAACCAAUUGACAUCAACGCUGCAGACAGCAAUACAAUUUACCUAGGUGAAAUAAAAGGGGAGGAGCCCAUUGGUCAACUGGUCAUACCUCCCAACUCUUUCCACAAAGACAAUGGGGAAAUGUAUGAAGGCAUGGUUAAAGCAAGUGUCACUUUCUUUGAUCCACGCAACAUCACAACAGCUGCGGCUAUUCCAGGAGACUUGAACUUUGUGGGUGAUGAAGGUGAUAUGCUUCCUUUGAGGACAUAUGGGAUGUUUUCUCUUGAUUUCAGAGAUGAGGAAAAUCGGGAGAUCCUUGGGGCCGGUGAAGUCCAGGUGCUCCUUGACACAGAACAUGUCACAAUGCCAGAACAUAUACCUACUAUGAAAUUGUGGUCUCUCAAUCCAGUCACAGGUAUUUGGGAGGAAGAGAGUAAUUUUCAGCCUACUCAGGUUGCCACUGGUGGAAAUGGGAGGAAAAAAAGAGAAGAGCGCACUUUCCUGAUAGGAAACAUGGAAAUCAGAGAGCGUAGACUGUUCAACUUGGAUGUACCUGAAAAUCGCCGCUGCUACGUUAAGGUUCGGGCAUACAUGAGUGACAAAUUCUUGCCUACUGAGCAACUUGAAGGUGUAGUGAUCAAUCUUAUAAACCUGGAGCCGAGACCUGGAUACUCAUCAAAUCCUAGAGCUUGGGGACGUUUUGACAGUGUGAUAACAGGACCAAAUGGAGCUUGUCUUCCAGCCUUCUGUGAUGCUCAGAGACCUGAUGCAUACACAGCCUAUGUCACAGCCACAAUGGGAGGUGAAGAACUUGAAGCAGCCCCAUCUACACCAAAAAUGAAUCCUAACAUCAUUGGUGUAUUACAACCAUACUUAGACAAAUUAGAUUAUCAGCGAUCAGACCAUGAUGAUCCCGCACUCAAAAAAACUGCCUUCAGAAUAAAUUUAGCCAAGCCAAAUCCAAAUAAUCUGGAUGAAACCAAUGGACCAAUAUAUCCUUAUCAAAGCCUAAUCUCAUGUGAAAAUGCACCCAUUGAUGCAAAUCAUUUCCGUUUCUUCCGUGUGGAGAAGGACAAAUAUGAGUACAAUGUGGUACCUUUUCAGGAAAAUGAUCUCACAACUUGGACUGGGGACUACCUUUCAUGGUGGCCAAACCCACAGGAGUUCAGGGCUUGCUAUAUCAAAGUUAAGGUCCAUGGGGAGCUAGAAGUUAUGGUCAGGUCAAAGAACUUUGGUGGUACCCAUUCUCAGACUAGGGGUCAGUUGUAUGGAAUUAGGGACAUACGCAGCACUCGUGAUUUGAAACAUCCGAACACCUCUGCUGCUUGCUUGGAGUUCAAAUGUAGUGGAAUGCUUUUUGACCAAGGUGCUGUUGACCGGUCUCUAAUUAAUGUUCUUCCACAAGGAAACUGUCGGCGAAUAGGCAUCAACAGUCUUCUGCAAGAAUACCUUAUAAAGCACCCACCUCUUCUACAGAACAAUGAGUCUCAUGCAUUUACCAUGUUAUCACCUGUAGACCCACUGGGCCAUAACUAUGGAAUAUACACUGUCACAGACCAGAACCCACGCGUUGCCAAAGAGAUUGCCAUAGGACGCUGUUUUGAUGGUACCUCAGAUGGUUUCUCAAGGGAGAUGAAAUCAGAUUCUGGAGUGGCUCUAACUUUCAGCUGUCCAAAAAGAACUGUAAACCGUGAGAGCCUGUUCCAGCGCUUGCAAACAAAUCCUGGCCAAACCUUGGCACAAAUGGCUCGGGACAUGAGGCAAUCACAAGGAACACAGGUCCAAAGAGGGUCAGCCCAGGUGGUGGCAUAUCCUUCUGACCAACAGGGCAGGAUCCAGACCCGCAGAGUUAGCAACAGCAGCAGGAGGAGAACACCUGCUACACGGACCCAACAGGGGCAGUAGAGCUGCCUAAAUGUUGUUAGGAAGAUGCUGGCUGAAGACACUCACAGAAACGAUGGAAGUGACAAACUUGGUCAGUCUGGAUAUUAGACACUUAGUGUUUUCUGAGCCAAGUUCCAUUAUUUUUGUUAUAAAAUCACUCUGAACAUGUUCUCUCCAGUUUUCUGAUGGGAACCAUUAUUUACAUGCUUCCUCAUUCCCCCAAAAUUACUUGAUACAAUAGAAAUGUCUUUAAUGUUCAGAAUGGACACUUUUAUUUAUUAGUUAUCAAAAAUUAUCAAUGCAAGUACAUUGUUUCAGCCUUUUUGGAUCUUACAUUUAUAACAUUUAAAUUUAAGAUUAACAUAAUAUGUUGUAACUCUGUAAUGAGCUUAGAUGUACAUAAAGAAGGUUCUUGUUAUUCUGUUAUUCACUGUAGGAGUGAUGCAUGUGGUUUAGUGGACAAGAGCCUUAAUGAAGCAGAAAUGAUGCUAGUCUGGCUCCCCCUUUUUCCAAAUUAGCAUAUUAAUAGCCCAAAUGUAACUCAACCAUACUUCAGUUUGACCAAAGUACAACUAGACUAAGCCAAAGAAAGCAAAUUUCGCUGGCAGUCUAAACAGAACCUGUGUUGAAAUUUUGGAUAGACUAACUAAAUAAUACAGUAGGUUUGGAAUUGUGUUGGACAGUUCCACCUUCUAAAAAACUCCAAACUACCUCCUGAAUCUUAAAAAAAAAAAAAAAAAAGUAGUAGUGUAUUGUUUAAAAUUCUACAUCAUCUCAAUCACAUCAGUAAAGUGUAGCAUGGUAAAUUCAGUGGUUUGUACAUAGGUUAUAGUAUAUUGUUCCUUAUGGGUGUCUGUCUGUCUCUUGACGUGCAAUAAUUCUGACAAUGACUUGAGAGCCCUAACCAAAUAAAAUCUGCUAUAUGCACUAGGACUGUUAAUAAUUGAGCUAAUCUCUAUGCAAGUUUUAGUUUGUUUCACAAACUAUGUAUUGCCAGCUUGUUAUUUAUUUCUAAGGAAUCUCAGCAUCCUACAAGACCCAAGUACAUUUUUUAAAGAGUGUUCUUUUGAUGGACAUUUUGCAUUGCUUCAGCUUAACUGAAUUAGAGAUUUUUCACAGUUUACAAUGAAAAUAAACACAUUUUACCUGAAGCGAUAAUCUCCUUAUGUGUAUCUAAAGUAAAUACACAUUUAGUUCACCCUAUGAACAAUUACUGAAGAAUCUGGAUAAUCUGGAUGGUAUAGAAAUAGUUAUUUUCAUUGGAAGUAAACUAGAGUUAGUUUACUUUGACAUAUAGACCAGUGGACUGCAUUCAUUCCAGCUGCAGUUCCUCAUCAUUACUGGCUGAUUUUCUAUUAUAUUGAAAAUAAAGAAAAUAGUAUGAAAUAUUCAAAACUAUGAAGCAGGACAACAAGAAAGAAGGUCAUUCAUAUAAUGAGAGGAUAAUCUCUUCUGUCAGCACUAACUAACAACAACGGUACAGUUUUCUACCUAUAAAUAACAUUUACCUGGCUAUACUAUACUAUAUGUUCAAAACAUAAUAUGGUUUUAGGUGGGUUUUUUCCCCAUUUUUUUUUCUUAUGCGUGUUAGCAAGCAGGUGGGCUCGAGCUUUAAAAUCUUCCCCCCAUACCUGAAACCAAAGCCCUUGGUAGCACUUAUUCCCCACAGACAGUUUAACAAUCAUAACAUGCUAAUUGGAUAUUUUACUUGUGAGUCACAUAUCACUUCAUGAGGUAACGUUGUUUGUGUUUACACUGGGUCUGCCUGAAUCCCAAGAGUCCCAAGAAACAAUAAUAAAUCAGAUUUGAAAAAGCACAGAGAAAGCAUUGUUCACACUGUACAUCAAAUGCAUUCAAGCAAUACAAUCUAGAAUACAAUCAGUAUCUGGUAGUAUUAAAUUAUUUCUAUAAUUAAGUAUAGUAGAAACAUGGAUUCUGUGCCUGUUCGAUUUGUUUAGCAUUUUAAAGUUUGGUUACUUCCAAAAUGGAGAAAAUAGCUUUUAAAUAUUCCAUUUCAACUCCACUGAAAGACUCUGUGCCUACCCCAAGUUUAUAAAUGGAAAUAAGCUAUGAUUAUUAAUAUUAUCCAAGGUCUCAACAUCUGAGGUAAAAGGGCAAAUUUAUCUUUGAAUCUACAUCAUUAAGCGUAUCUUUGCAAACCUCUUGCCCAGCUAGCUAAUCCUCCUUGCUACAGUGGAUAUUUGAGGUACUUUAGUUCACAGUAAAAUAUCUAGUAAUCUGGGACCUAAGGUGUCUGGUACCAAGCCUACCAUAGAAUUUAUCGAUUGUGUCAGGAAGUACUACUAAAAGAAAGGGAGAACUCUUCAAUAUUUUUGUUAUGUACAUUAAAUCCUCACUUUCCAUCCUGACCAUGAGAGUGCAGGGGACAACUGAGCAAAACAACCAGAAAAAUAAUUUUACUUCAUGGCUUGUGAAUGGCAGAAAAGUCAGUCUGACUGUCUGCAGAGUCCAGGGUGUUGACAGGCUGAGUUGUUAAUGUGUCCCACUGGCCCAAAUAUAAUCAUGGACAUUGUGAAUUAUAGGAAAAAUAUUCAAGACAUUUCUUAAUUUGUACAGGAUUUUAACAAGGAUGGUCAGUGCUCAUUUUUUUAAGCUUAGAAUUUGCGUCAUAUGUUUUUCAGAGAUCAGAGAUCGUUUAACAGCUCGGGGAUUCAGAAUAUUUCUUGGCUUAAUUGUAAUGCAAAUGCGUCACCAAAAAGGAAAUAGUGAGCUUUAACCAAAAUCUUAAGUGAUUUAUACAAGCUGAACGUAUAAAGAAAAUAACAUAAAAUAGAAAAAUCUGAAGGUAACAGUUGAGAUUAUUUUUGUCAUGACCUGGCUAAGCUGCCUACUGUAGCAUUCUCCACUGUAUGCAUUACAUUUACAGCCUAUUGGAAUAUUGAGAUAAUAACCAAUUACACUGAUACAAAACAGAAAUGGUAACUUGGACUCCUCUUAGUUUUCAAAAUCCCUUGAGCCAUGAGUGCAAGCACAUGUCCUUUCUCAAUUGUCUGGCUGGUUUCAGACAGACUAUAACUUAUCCAAGAAUAUCCUUUGACCAAAUGUGCUUCAGGUAAUUUCACCACUGCCUAGCAUAUAAUGUAAGUUAUAUGGCUGCCAGUUUAGUUUGGAAAGAAAUCUCUGGUUGUAAUAAAAGCAUUUUAUCGUUCUCUGGAAUUUCCUGUAAAUCUUUGUCAUCUCAUCUCUUUGUAUAACUUAUAUUGCAUGGCAAUCCCCAUCUUUUGAUCAAAUAAUAUGUGU